AGUGGGCUGUGCCUGAAGAAUUAGAGCCACUUUACCAAAUUGAAAUUUGCCCAAAGCAAUGGACUUAACUCACACAAUUGCCCAGACAAUAAGUUCAGAUGGUGGAGCUCUUAUUAUUGAUUUUGGCUUGAAUGGAGUGAUCUCAGAUAGUCUGCAGGCAAUUCAAAAACAUAAGUUUGUCAACUUACUAGAUGGUCCUGGAACUGCUGAUCUUGGUGCUUAAGUUGAUCUUGCUUCCAUUACGCACUCUGCAGAGGAAGCUUCAGUUGUGCCCCAUUUUUUUUUCAUAGUAAAUGUGGCUUAGAUUGGAGUCCAUGAGAGUUGAGAAAUGGAGAACAAUUUCAUCACAUUUCAACGUGUUUUCAGAUGAUAUCUCUGUCCAUGGCCAAAUUAUCCAGUCCCAAUUUCUUGGUUCUCUUGGAAUAAAUUUCCGAGUCGAAGUGCUGCUGAAGAAUUGCACAGAUGAACAAGCCGACUGUCUGGGAACAGGGUACUGGCGUCUGGUGGGUGAAGGGGAAGCCCCCUUCUGGGAGGAACCCAAUGAAGAGGCGCCUACUGGUAUGGGCACCCGAUAUUUGGCAAUGGCUAUUGUGAACAAGAAGCAAGGCGUUCCGGUUCCAUUUCAAUGAAGUUCAAGUAAUAUGGCCUUUUUGUACCAUCUAGCGUAUGUACCACCAUUUACUUGUGCCAGGAUGGCCACACAAAAUAUUAUAAGUGUGUUUAAUUUAUUUGAUUUUAUUAAUUUAUAUUGUUUGAAAAUAUCAAUUUAUAAGUUGAUUUCAAACCAUCAAUUAUUUUAUUUAAUAUAAAUUAACAAUUAUA